AUGGGUAAUUGCAUGAUUUGCAUCAAGCCUGAAUCCGAAGCUAUGUGGGGAGGGGAAGACUGGACAUCGGCCAUGAAAAUGGUGAAAGAAGAAGAAGAAGAAGAAGAAGAAGAAGAACUAGUACGUAGUUAUUGGAAAGAAACACAAUAUUCAUCGUCGAAUGUAAAAGAGGUAAAGGUUAAGAUAACGAAGAAGCAAUUGGAGAAAUGGUUAGGGAAGAUGGAUUGUCAACAAAAGAGGUUAUGCGUUGAACAAGCUUUAGCACAAUUGAUUAAAGUUAGUGUUCAUUGUAAGACUCAUCAUAGGUCUUGGAAGCCUAUGUUGCAAACCAUUCCUGAAGUUUAA